CAGGUCACAAUCAAAGUUGUUACUGAAGUGAGGAUUUCCUUUUCAAACUUCAUCCAUUGGUCCGGUGAUUCUGUGUGGAUGAUACUGAGGAACGCUUCUGUUUGGUGUCAGAGACGAAGAUACAGAGCAUCUCUGGGGGAUGUCAGCGAUUAAACAUGCUGGUUGAUGAGACAAACUCGGAGCAAAAAAGUGUUAAAACAGAGUCACUUUACUCUGUUCAGGCUACUCUUCAGCACUUCCAUCCCACUUACUCUGCUCAAAGCGGAGGAAAUGUGGUCGCUCCCUACAUCAUUGGUCCCACUUAUGGCAACAUAAACAUUAACAUCAACUCUUCACGUAGAGAAUCUAUUGUCUUACUCAAAGAAGAAUUAAACCAAGAUGCUGCUUCACAGCCCAAAAAUGACAGGAUCACAGAAUGCCAAAAAAGGCUGAAAACUACACUAAAAAAGAAGUUCAGUCACUUGCUGGAUGGGAUGGGAGCAUCGGCAAAAAAGACACAUCUCCAUAAGAUCUACACAGAGCUCUACAUCACUGAGGGUGGAAGUGGUGGAGUCAAUCAGGAGCAUGAGGUGAGACAGAUUGAGACAAUGUCAAGGAUGGAUGUCACCAAGGAGAAAACGAUCCACUGCAGUCACCUCUUUGUUCCCCAAGGGGGACAAGAGCUCUCCAUAAGAACUGUAAUCACAAGGGGAGUCGCUGGCAUUGGAAAGACAGUAUCCACCAACAAAUUCACUUUGGACUGGGCUGAGGAGAAAGAAAACACCGCCCUAGACUUUGUGUUUCCUCUCUCUUUCCGAGAGCUGAAUCUUCUGAGGAAGAAAACCUUCAGCAUGGAGGAACUUGUCAGUGUCCUUUUCCCAGAAACAAAAGACACAGGAAUUGUAACGUAUGGUAAAAACAGAAUGCUCUUCAUCCUGGAUGGCUUAGAUGAGAGCCGACUGUCUUUGGAUUUCAACAAGACCGACAUAUUGGCUGACGUGACACAGCCAAGCAAGAUUUCUGUACUUCUGACCAACCUCAUCAGGGGACGACUUCUUCCUUCUGCUCUAGUCUGGAUAACAUCUCGGCCGGUUGCUUCUAGCCAGAUCCCUCUUGAGUGUAUUGAUCUGGUGACCGAGGUGCGGGGAUUCAACAAUCCCCAGAAAGAGGAGUACUUUAGAAGGAAAAUCUGUGAGGAGAGCUUGGCAGACAGAGUCAUCAAACAUGUCAAAUCCUGCAGGAGUCUUCAUAUCAUGUGCCACAUUCCAGUCUUCUGCUGGAUGGCGGCAAAUGUCCUUGAGAAGAAGUUGGCAACAGCUGACAGUAAAGACACGCCAAAGACUCUGACUCAAAUGUACAUACAGUUCUUGUCUUUGUAUGUGGACAACAUGAAAAACAGGCUCCCUGGAGAAAAAGAAUCACAAACCAACAGUGUGAGAGCUAACCUCAUCUCACUGGGUAAGCUUGCCUUCAAAGAGCUCGAGAAGGGCCAGUUGAUCUUCUACGAGAGCGACCUCCUCAUCAAUGGUAUCAAAGUCAAAGAGGCAUCCAUGUUUUCUGGGAUCUACACCCAGAUCUUCAACGAAGAACUGACACUCUGCCAGGAGAAGAUGUUUUGCUUCGUGCACCUGAGCGUCCAGGAGUUCUUUGCUGCUUUGUACGUCUUCCUCACAUUCCACAAUGACAACGUCAACGUGCUGAUAAAGAAGUCGUCUGCAACUCGGCGAUUUCUAUCAAGAGACUCAUCAGAGCUCAUCCUCUACAAGGAGGCAGUAGAAAAGGCUUUACGAUGCGAGAAUGGACACUUUGACAUCUUUCUGCGCUUCCUUUUGGGCUUGUCUCUGGAAUCAAAUCAGACUCUACUGAAACAGCUCAUGACCAGCAACAGAACCAACCAAAGGACAAAAAACGAGAUCCUCAAACACAUAAAAGAGAGGAUUAGGACAAGUACCGCUCCUGAUAGAUGCCUCAACCUCUUUCACUGCCUGAAUGAGCUGAAUGACCACUCGCUUGUUGAGGAGAUUCAAAGCUUCCUCCACUCUGGAAGUCUCAACAAAGCCAAACUUUCACCUGCACAGUGGGCCACUCUGGUGUUUGUGUUACUGACGUCAGAAGAAGAGCUGAGUGUCUUUGACCUAAGCAAUUACACCAGGACAGAAGAGGGUCUUCUGAGGCUGCUGCCUGUCAUCAAAACAGCACAAACAGCAAAUCUGAAUGCAUGUAAUCUCACUGCAAAGUGCUGCAAAAGUCUGGGGGAUGCCAUCAGGUUUUCUAACCUCAGAGAGCUGAACCUGAGUGACAACAAGCUGACAGAUGAAGGAAUGAUACAGCUCCAUAUUGGACUCAAGAACAGCAAACUGGAAAUUCUCAGACUGAGGAGCUGCAGCCUCACCGAGCCCAGUUCGGAUCCCCUGGCCUCUGUUAUCAGCUCAGCUACCUGCCAGCUCAAAGUACUGGAUCUGUCUGACAAUGACUUUAUGGAUGAAGGAGUCAAAAAGCUCUGUGGUGGACUGGAAAGUUCUCACUGUAAACUGGAAACACUCAUUUUGUCCUUGUGCAGAGUGACAGAAGAAGGCUGUAUAUUCCUAGCAUCUGCGUUGAACUCCUCUGGACUGCAAGAGCUGGACCUGAGCUACAACCACCCAGGAAAUUCAGGGUUGAGCUUACUGUGUGCUCUGGAGGAAGACCCACAAUGCAGCCUGAAGAGACUUAGUGUGGAAGGGUGUGGUGAAUCAAGGAACCAGCCAGGUCCAAAGAAAUAUACCAAAAAUCUCACCUUGGACCCACACACAGCACACAGACACCUUCUGUUGGAGGAGGAGAACAAGAAAGCAACAUACCACUGGGACAUUCAGCCAUAUCCUGAUCACCCUGAACGGUUUGACUCCUGGACACAGGUGCUGUGCAAAGAGGGACUGACUGGGCGCUGUUACUGGGAGACUGAAUGGUGUGGGAGGGCUUUCAUUGGAGUGGCCUACAGGAGGAUGUGCAGGAAAGGAGACGGUUUGAACAGCUGGCUGGGCAAAAAUGAUAGUUCCUGGGGACUAUAUUUCACCAAAGAUGGGUACAAGGACUGGCACAACAACUCAGGCACUCAUGUGAAUAUCCCUCCCAACUACACUAAGGUGGGGGUCUACCUGGACUGGUCUGCAGGGACACUGUCCUUUUACAAGAUCAGCUGUGGAUCAUCAUACCUCCUCCACACCUUUCGCACCACCUUCACUGAGCCCGUCUACCCCGGGUUUUGGUUCGGAUGGGUGGACUCAGUUGUGUACUUGUGCUAAAUUCUGAAAAGAAAGAAUCCAAAGUCCCUUUACCCCUUACAAUGUGAGAAAUGUUCUUGCCCUUGAGCCUCAAAUUUUAUGUGUGCUACAUUGAGAAAACUGACAUGUUAAAGCCUCUUGAAGUAUCUCUUUCUGCAGAGUUUGGACUUUUAAUAUUUGUGGUCAGUAUUGUGCUGAAGUAAGACAUCCGACCACAGGAUUUUGGAGAACUGAUACUAAAGACUCAUAAAAAUAAUAAUCAUAGACGAAAACAAGUCUGCACUUUCUCUGUUUGAGUAGAAGUAUACAUUUUUGUGUAAGAAACAGCCGUACAUAGAUGAAAACAUGUUCUUAAAUGUACAAAAGACAUUUCUUGCAUUUCUGACCAAACCACAGUAAGACAUCCUCUCAUCUAAAUAGUUCUGGUUUUAUAACAAAUGGGUAAAAAAGGGUAAUCUUAAAAUAAUGAACAUUUACUUGGCUCCAAGUUGCUAAUGUGAAUCUGCUUCAUUGUAGUCAGAUAUGUUGGCUGUUAUAUUUUCAUUAAUGUAACUAAUAGUGGAGUUUCCCUUUCUUUUGUUUUGAUUGUCUUAUUGGCUUUCAACUUCCCUUUUUUCUUUAAUUUCCCUUAAUAAUCUUUUUUCCCUCUUUUUUAAACUUCCGAUUAAUGGCACACUUCAGCAGUUCUCAGUUUUCCCAUGAUAAUGAGUAAUUUUUAAAUGUUUUAUUGAGACCUCAUCUUAUUUAUCUUGUAUUACUCAAUGUUGCAAAGGCAUAAAAAAGCAAAGAAAGGCCUAACAAACCUUGUGAGUAUGGACAAUGACAGCAUGGCAUGGCAUGGUCUAUAAUUGCCUGCAAAUUGUUUGUUUUCUAUCCCUUUAUCCAUGUAGCUAAAGCUAACUGAGCUGUUAGCUUUAGCAAACAUAGCUAAAGCUAACUGAGCUAUACAUAAUGGAGCUAUGUAACUCCGCUAUUUAUAGCUAGGUUAGCUUUAGCUAUGUAAGCGUCAGCAGACAAGGCUAAAGCUUACUACACACAAACACACAAAUUAUUUAGCUGAUUUUUUCGAUGUUACAUCAUUUAGCAGAUGCUUUAGUCCAAAGCGGCAUACAUAGAGGUAGACAGGUGUUCCAGGAGUAAAGAACCUUGCCCAAGGGCCCAAAUUGGAUAUUGUUUCUGUACUGAGUUGGUGGUGUAAAACACUUGACUAUCCAGCUUUGUGAGCUUAGCUUUAGCUAUAUUAGGGAUGUAGCUCUGUUAGCUACGUAGCUUCGACAACUAACGGAAAUGUGAAAGCUACGCUGACUGCAUCAGAAUGUUUCCAUGUUCCUGCAGAUUCUUGAAAAGUCUUAUUUUUGUCAGUGACAGGUCUAAAAUCUGGAGAGGGACCCAACUGCAGUCAAGAUGGCCGACAUGGACGUCGCUAUACAUCCAAACCAUGUUGGAAGUCCCAAGCGGAAGUUUCUUCUUCAUGUUGGACUCAGCUGCCAGUGUUUGUCAGUCUU